CAAAGCCCUAAUAAGUACUUCUGUUUUUGAUCCGCCAUUAAUUUUCUCACUUGUUUCCUUCAUCUCUGCAAUUUCAGUGGUAAAGAAAAGAUACAUCCCUCUGCAAGCAACUCCUUGUGAGUGAUUGAAGAAUAAUAGUUUGAACACGGUAUCCUGGCUUCUGGUGAUGAAGAUCCUCGAAGCAAAUGCAGGUUCUCUCACAAAUUUUGAGGUGCUUGAUUUUCUACGCUCCAGAGGUGCAGGAAGAGAUCCUACGCGGGUCAUAGUCCCGAUUGCACCAUCAGAGUUCAAGGUGUAUGAUUAUUUAGAGCAAACUGCUGCUUGCAAUCAGACAAGACAAGCGAUUGGUGAACUCAUGGGAAAAUGUAAAUGUAUCAAACUGGAAAAAUGUGAAUGUAUCAAACCGAAACAAUGUGGAUGUAUCAAACUUGAGGGGGAUGAGAUCGUUAACAUCAUCAAUAUCAGGCCAUCUUCACUCGUUGAACUUUAUCCGAUAUUAAGGAAAUAUGACGCCCUUCUUGGGGAAGCUGCAGAAACAGUGGAAGAGCUUGUGGAAAACGUGGUGCAGCUGUUACCGCCUUCUCCAACUCAAAUGCAGUCUGAAGAAGGAACUGCUACAGACGAUGAAGAAGCUCCAGAUGGAGAAACAAUGGAGGUUGCGCCUGAAGUGUAAAUUCUUGUUACUUUCUUGAACAGAAACGGUUUAGAAUGCUGAGUUCUUCCAUUCGCGCUUAUAUCUUGAUAUUGGCUUGAGGAAAAAGGACUUAAUCCAGCUCCGAAUGCCUAGUUAUAUUCGUUGUCUCAGGAUUUAUACGAUACGAUGAAAUGAAAGAUCCGAUGGUAAAUUUUUGUUUUC